UUGGGUAAGGAAUCUUAGGAACAGAACCAGGACAGAGAGGUCGGCCGGAGGUUCCUGCAGAGGAAGCGGGUCCUGGGAGCCAGCAGGGUCGCCACACAUGACCACUGGCAGGAGAAGGGACUGACCCACUUGUUCCCAUCAGCUGCUGAAGGUGACUCCUCACCAAAGCAGGUGCCUGUGUUUGUCAGACAAAGACUGCCAGACCUGCCACCCCUUUAGCUCCAAAGUCCAGAGGUGCAGAGAGGCAGGACAAGAGACAUGGACAAAUCUCCAGAGAUGUGGUGCAUUGUCCUGUUUUCUGUUUUAGCAUGGGUUUAUGCCAAGCCUACCAUGUAUGGGGAGAUCCUAUCCCCUAACUAUCCCCAGGCAUACUCCAAUGAGAUAGAGAAAUCUUGGGACAUAGAAGUUCCAGAAGGGUUCGGGAUUCACCUCUACUUUACCCAUUUGGACAUAGAGCUGUCAGAGAAGUGCACGUAUGACUCAGUGCAGAUACUGUCAGGAGACACUGAGGAAGGGAGACUCUGUGGACAGAGGACCCCCAAGAGUCCCAACUCCCCAAUUGUGGAAGAGUUCCAAGUCCCAUACAAUAAGCUUCAGGUGAUCUUUAAGUCAGACUUCUCCAACGAAGAGCGUUUUACCGGCUUUGCUGCGUAUUAUGUUGCCGUAGAUGUAAAUGAGUGCACAGAUUUUGCAGAUGUCCCUUGCAGCCACUUCUGCAAUAACUUCAUUGGUGGUUAUUUCUGCUCCUGUCCCCCAGAGUACUUCCUCUAUGAUGAUAUGAGGAAUUGCGGAGUCAAUUGCAGUGGGGAUGUAUUCACUGCACUGAUUGGGGAGAUUGCAAGUCCCAAUUACCCCAACUCAUACCCAGAGAACUCAAGGUGUGAAUACCAGAUUCUGUUGGAGAAGGGUUUCCAAGUGGUGGUGACUCUGCGGAGAGAAGACUUUGAUGUGGAGCCAGCCGACUCGAAGGGGAACUGCCAUGACAGUUUAGUUUUUGUCACAAAAAAUCAGCAAUUUGGUCCUUACUGUGGUAAUGGAUUCCCUGGGCCACUAACUAUUGAAACCAAGAGUAAUGCUCUUGAUAUCAUCUUUCAAACUGACCUAACAGGGGAAAACAAAGGCUGGAAGCUUCGUUACCAUGGAGACCCUAUUCCUUGUCCUAAAGAAGUCACUGCCAAUUCUGUUUGGGAGCCUGAAAAGGCCAAAUAUGUGUUCAAAGAUGUGGUGAAGAUAACCUGUGUGGAUGGUUUCGAAGUUGUAGAGGGAAGAGUUGGCUCAACAUUUUUCUAUUCUACCUGUCAAAGCAAUGGAAAAUGGAGUAAUUCCAAGCUGAAAUGUCAACCUGUGGACUGUGGUGCUCCUGAGUCCAUUCUUCAUGGUAAAGUUGAAGGUCCAGAAGAUACUUUAUUUGGUUCUGUCAUUCACUACAGUUGUGAGGAGCCGUAUUACUACAUGGAACAUGAAGGAGGUGGAAAGUAUCACUGUGCUGUUAACGGGAGCUGGAUGAAUGAGGUUCUGGGCACAGAGCUGCCGAAGUGUCUUCCAGUCUGCGGAGUCCCCAGUAAGCCCUUUACAAUACAACAGAGGAUAUUUGGAGGUUACCCUGCAGAGAUUGAAAAUUUCCCCUGGCAAGUCUUCUUUAAGAACCCAUGGGCUGGUGGGGCUCUCAUUGAUGAGCAUUGGGUGCUGACAGCUGCCCAUGUCGUGGAAGGAAUCUCUGAUCCCACUAUGUAUGUUGGGUCCACUUCUGUGAAAACCUCAGAUCUGAGAAAUGUCCAGAUGCUCACCAGUGAACGUGUGAUUAUUCAUCCGGGUUGGAAACCAACGGACGACCCAAACACACGAAGGAAUUUUGACAAUGACAUUGCACUGGUGCAGCUGAAAGACCCAGUGAAAAUGGGACCAACUAUCUCCCCCAUUUGUCUGCCAGGUGCCUCCUCAGAAUACAACCCCACAGCGGGAGUCCUGGGACUCAUCUCAGGCUGGGGCCGAACAGAGACAAGAGAUCGUGUUAUCAGACUCAGAGGGGCAAAGUUGCCCAUAACUACUUUAGAUAUGUGCCAAGAGGUGAAAGUAGAGAAAUCCAGAGUGCAGUCAGAUGCCUAUGUUUUCACUGACAACAUGAUCUGUGCUGGAGAAAUGGGUGUUGACACCUGUCAGGGGGACAGCGGGGGGGCUUUUGCUAUCCAGGACCCCAAUGAAAAGGACCCCAAAUUUUAUGUAGCCGGCCUGGUGUCCUGGGGGAAACAGUGUGGGACUUAUGGGAUCUACACAAAGGUAAAGAACUACAUUGACUGGAUAAGGAAAACCAUGCAAGAAAACCCCGUCUCCAGUAAGGUCUAAUCCAGGCAUACACCACCCACCUCUCCAAGGACAGGACCAAUCCAUUGUCUUCAACUCUUCAAGAUAUUCCCAUUAUUUCACCAUGAUUGAGAAAACACUUGGGAAUAUGAUUAACAUAGGACUUCACCGUCAAGAUACCUGGCUGGAGGUAGAGUUUGAUCAUAGAAUUGUAUUGGCUAUUCAGUUGUGAAUACUUGUCAGAGGGAACAACUUGGAAGAGGCACUCUCUUAUCUUCACUAUUCUACAGGAAUACCUUAAUAUUUUUGUUUCCCCUUUACUGUUUGAAAUUCCAUUUGCUUGAUCAUUCAUUAUCUACUUACAAUAAAGCAUCUUUAUAGACCAA